AUGUCGAGGGGGGCAGAUGGUUGCUUUGAACUGUCCCAGAGUAACAAAGUGAGAACGCUGCUAGCUAAGUAUGGUAUGGAAGAGGCUAGCAGUGUGCAGACACCCAUGACCACAGGUUAUAGCAAGGAACCCGAAGGUGAGCGCCCGCGGGAACUGACUUUGCAAAGGGGAAUGAAAUUCUCCGCCGGGGAGGUCGAAGGGAGGCCCAGGCGGGAUCCCGGGGGAGGAAGACUCCUUCGUGCUGGGAGGGGGGUCGGGCUGCCGCCUUUCGGCCGGUGCUUUCUCCUGGAUCUGGUGAUCCUGGAGCAGUUCUUGACUCUCCUGCCCCAGGAAAUGCAGUGCUGGGUCAGAGGAUGUGGGCCAGAGACCAGUUCCCAGGCGGUGGCCCUGGCCGAAGGUUUCCUCCUGAGUCAGGCAGAGGAGAAGAGGCAGGCAGAGCAGAUGUGGGGACGAUCCAUGAAGAUGGAAGCGAAGUUCUCUGAGGAAGAAGGAGGUCCUCCAUCAGAGAAAGGUCAGAGGGCGCAGGCCCAGGAACAUGCCGGAGAUGCCCUCUCAAGUGGCAGCGAAGAGACGUUGUUGAGCCGUCACCUUUGCAGAGGAGUGGAAACGGCUGCUCCACCUCUGGUCCAGUGUCCCUUUUCCUUUGAGGAUGUGGCCGUGUAUUUCACCCUGGCCGAGUGGGCCCUGCUAGAUCCGGGCCAAAAAGCUCUCUACAGGGAAGUCAUGAAGGAGAACUAUGGGAGCGUGGCCUUUCUGGAGGAAACAGCUGGGGAAUUCCAGGGGUUCCCUUUGGGAAAGGCCACAAAUGAAGAUGCUGAAGGAAACUUGAGAGAUGGAGAUGAACCACAGCGGCAGGAGGGAAGCCACACAGCAGCAGGUGUAGAGCAGACAGCUGGGGAAUUCCAGGGGUUCCCUUUGGGAAAAGCCAAGAAUGAAGAUGCUGAAGGAAACUUCAGAGAUGGAGACAGACCACAGAGGCAGGAGGGAAGGCACACGGCAGCAGGUGUAGAGGAGACAGCUGGGGGAUUCCAGGGGUUCCGUUUGGACAAAGUCAACAAUGAUGAUGCCAAAGGAAACUUGGGAGAUGGAAACAGACCACAGAGGCAGGAGGGAAACCACACAGCCAAGGAUGAUCAGAGGAAUGAGAAGGGUGAGGAACUGCGUCCUCUAUUGCCAGAUGAAGCCAAGAAUGAAGACUUGAGAGGUGCAGAGGAGACAGCUGGGGAAUUCCAUGGUUUCCCUUUGGGAAAAGCCAAGAAUGAAGAUGCUGAAGGAAACCUGGGAGAUGGAGAUGGACCACAGAGACAGGAGGGAAGCCACACAGCCGGAGACGAUCAGAGGAAUAAGGAGGGUGAGGAACUGCGUCCUCUAUUGCCGGAUGAAGUCAAGAAUGAAGACUUGAGAGGCAACUUCCAAAAUCAAGGCGGACCUAAGAGAAAGAAAAGAAGCCAAAAAGGCAAGAAGAGGGGUCAACCCACUCCUUGCCAAAGGGAGGAUUCCCAAGACCUAAUUUGCAUGGUGAAGGAAACGUACAAGUGCUUGGCUUGUGGAAUCAACUUCUCAGAUCAAUCCCAGUAUAAUAACCACUUACGAAUGCACAGCGGAGAAGAGAUCCAUCAACGGCUGGAGUGUGCAAAGAUCAUGACUUGCAGAGGAGAGCUCCGUGGACAUCAAAGAAUACACACAGGAAAGAAAUCUUACAACUGCUCAGACUGUGGGAAGAGCUACUCAGAGAAAUUAGACCUUGUUCGACAACAAAGGAUUCACUCAGGAGAGAAACUAUUUAUAUUCUCAGAGACUGGAAUGGCGUUCUCUGAGGGAGGAAAACGUAAUAGCCGUUUUCCAAAGCAGUCUACAAUGAAGGCAUAUAAAUGCUUCCGGUGCAGAAAAGAACAUCUAAGAACUCACACAGGGGAGAAGUCUUUUGAAUGCUCAGAGUGUGGGAAGAGAUUCAGUCUGAAUGGCAAUCUUCAAGAACAUCUAAGAACCCACACAGGGGAGAAGCCUUUUCAAUGCUCAGAGUGUGGGAAGAAAUUCGGUCACAAUAGCUCCCUUAAAAGCCAUCUAAGAACCCACACAGGGACGAAGACUUUUCAAUGCUCAGAGUGUGGGAGGAGAUUCACUCGGAGUAACAGUCUUCAGGAACAUCUAAGAACCCACACAGGGGAGAAGCCUUUUGAAUGCUCAGAGUGUGGGAAGAGAUUCAGUCACAAUAGCUCUCUUAAAAGCCAUCUAAGAACUCACACAGGGGAGAAGCCUUUUGAAUGCUCAGAGUGUGGGAAGAGAUUCAGACACAAUGGCAAUCUUCAAGAACAUCUAAAAACCCACACAGGGGAGAAGCCUUUUGAAUGCUCAGAGUGUGGAAGGAGAUUCAGUCGGAAUGGCAGUCUUCAAGAACAUCUAAGAACCCACACAGGGGAGAAGUCUUUUGAAUGCUCAGAGUGUGGGAAGAGAUUCAGUCGGAAAGGCAAUCUUCAAGAACAUCUAAGCACCCACACAGGGGAGAAGCCUUUUGAAUGCUCAGAGUGUGGGAAGAGAUUCAGUCAGAAUGGCAGUCUUCAAGAACAUCUAAGAACCCACACAGGGGAGAAGCCUUUUGAAUGCUCAGAGUGUGGGAAGAGAUUCAGUCGGAGUGGCUAUCUUAAAAUCCAUCAAAGAACCCACACAGGGGAGAAGCCAUUUGAAUGCUCAGAGUGUGGAAGGAGAUUCAGUCGGAAUGGCAGUCUUCAAGAACAUCUAAGAACCCACACAGGGGAAAAGUCUUUUGAAUGCUCAGAGUGUGGGAAGAGAUUCGGUCAGAAUGGCAGUCUUCAAGAACAUCUAAGAACCCACACAGGGGAGAAGCCUUUUGAAUGCUCAGAGUGUGGGAAGAGAUUCAGUCGGAGUGGCUAUCUUAAAAUCCAUCAAAGAACCCACACAGGGGAGAAGCCAUUUGAAUGCUCAGAGUGUGGGAAGAGAUUCAGUCGGAAAGGCAAUCUUCAAGAACAUCUAAGCACCCGUGGAGAAAAGAAAGAAAAGGGGGUGAGUGUUCAGCAGAGAAGACGACAAGAGGAAUCCUGA